AUGGAGAGAAAACCUUCCUGCAGCAUUAUAAACAUCAGCAGCAGUGAUUGGGAAGAAAAUAGACAGGUAAGUCCCAUCAAACUCUCCAGCAACAACGUGGAGAGAAAAACUUCCUGCAGCAUUAUUAACAUCAGCAGCAGUGAUUGGGAAGAAAAUAGGCAGGUAAGUAUUAAAUGUAAGAACCACAGCGAUGGCGAGGAGGAAAGGAAGAAAAAGAGGAUGAAAGUCUCCACUAACAUCAGGAAGAGGAAAAGAAGCAGCAGUAGCCUCACUGACAACAGCAGCGAUUGGGGAGUAAAUAGUGGAGAAAAGUUUAAAAAGGUGAUUAUUAAAUGUAAGACCCACAGCGAUGGCGAGGAGGAAAGGGAGAAAAAGAGGCAAAAACUCUCCAGUGACAUCAGGAAGAGGAAAAGAAGCAGCAGUAGCAUCACUGACAACAGCAGCGAUUGGGGAGUAAAUAGUGGAGAAAAGUUUAGGAAGAGAAAAAACGGCAGCACAGACAGCAGCACUGGAGAAGGAUGCAGCCAGAGGCCCUGUGUUCAGGUCAGGAGGCCCCUCGCUUUGGACAUCACAAGCUACACAUUCCAUCGUGUACUUGGACGGGGUACAUUUGGCAAAGUCAUGUUGGCUUCCACACCUACCAACAGUCAACAAGUGGCCAUUAAGGUCAUCGUGAAGAAGCCACAGAUGGCGAACAGACAGAGCAUUCUGCGGGAGGCACGAGUGCUAAGGGUUGCUGCUGGGCACCCAUACCUGUGCCAUAUGCAUGCAGCCUUUCAAACACAGAACUACGCCUUCAUCGCUAUGGAGUUUGCCAGUGGAGGAAGCCUUAAGGAUCUUCUCAAGAAGGAACACCACCUGAAAACCAGACAAGUGAUCUUCUACUCUGCGGAGAUGGUGUGCGGCCUGCAGUAUCUUCACUCUCGUGGAAUUAUCCAUUGUGAUCUCAAGCCCGACAACAUACUGAUAAGCAGCGAGGGUCACAUCAAGAUUGCAGACUUCGGCCUGGCAGUGGAACAUGUCUUUGGCCACGACACAACCUGCGGCUAUAGAGGAACACCUAAGUACAUGGCUCCAGAGGUGCUAGCAGACCAGCGAUAUAAUGCAGCGGUGGACUGGUGGGCAUUUGGCAUUAUUCUGUGCCAAAUGGCCACUGGCUGGUACCCAUUUGAUGACAAACACGGGGAUGCGGCAUUGAGACACUCCAUCCUUGAGAAUAGGGCCAAAGUUCCAACCUGGACUCCCUCCAAAUUAGUCAUCCUCCUUCGAAAGCUCCUGAGGAAGAAGGCUUGCAACCGUUAUGGUGUCAAAGGGAACAUCAGGCAAUGCCUCUUUUUUUAUUCCAUUGACUGGGAAGCAAUGGAAAACGGGAGACUGCCACCCCCAUUCCAGCUAGAAGCUAUGCAGCAACUGGCUGAGAAUAAUGAAGGGUGUCAAAUGAACAACGGCAGUGUCCCAACAGGAGUUAACAUCAUUGAAGGGUUUUCCUAUCAGAGUCCCAGCUGGCAGGAGUGAGUCCGUGCAGCGAAGUGGCGAUGCACAAUAUCAUUUUUUGCAUCCACAGUGUACCAUCAAAUGUCACCAUCAAAUGUCUAUCAACAUCAUUUGACCAAGGCCCCACCUAUUCUGUUGUAUUGCAUCAUCUGCCUCAUACCUUCUGCUCUGUCUCCACCUUACCCCAUCUAAUUGUGCCAUCACCUCCUAUAGAAGAAACAUCUGCUCUGUCUAUGCUAUGCCAUCUGUUAAACUGACCCUGCUAUUUCUAUCUGCCCUUACUGUCUAGUCCAACUCAGUGAGUAAUCUGCUUCACCUGGCUGUACUAUCUCAGGAUUUUUUUUCUGGUUUCUUACCAUAACAUCUUUAAUCUGUGUCAUUUACUCCAUCAAGCAAUGCUACCACCUUCUCCAUCUGCAAUUGACACAUAUUACACGUUAACAUACUGUUGCCCCCUGUACCAAGUUGUAUCUGUAUCAUCUAAGAUGCCCUACCAUCAAAUCCAUCUAACAUAACAGAUUUUGGUCCUUCUUUGUAUCCACUUUGAGUGUAACAUCUAGUCAACCAACAUAUCUACUUACUCUCUAAGAUUGUUUAUGCCUGUUUUAUCUACUUGUGUCAUCUACUUUAUUAAUCAAUGCUACUUUCUUUUCCAUCUGCAAUUAACAUCUAUUCCUCUGUCCCAUAACAUCGGCACCUUCUACCAUCUGAUCCAUAUGGCAUUAACAUCAACUGCUCAGGGACCUCGCCAUCUGCACAACCUGUUCUAAUCAAAGCAGCCAUUAAUAUGUGGCUGAAAUAAAAAUCAAAAAAUACCCUUU